UUUCUCCACAGAUCUGUUGAUAUGUCAUCUUUUCUUUUCUGUCCACUUUAACAACAAGAUUUAGUGGAUGUGAUGAGCAGUUCAGUGCGUCUCUAAGAGGAGGGACUUGGACGUUUCCUUCACACCUCCACCUCCUUCACAACUUGGUUCUCUUAUUGGAGGACUUACAUACAUGAUAUUAGGAGGGAAUCAUCAGCAUACAUGCAUGGAUAGUGAUGAAAACAGCAGCAGAAACAAGACUGAGUUUAAAUUCAGUCAGAAAACACAAGAUGUUGAUCGCCGUCUGCUUCAUAACCUUGAAUGUUAUCAUGGUUUCAGAUUCCUCUCCAAGUAACCAAGUCAAACAGAUUCCAGCCCAGAUGUUCUACAAACCUCAAGAAACAGCCAAAAUAACCUGUUCCCACAGUAUUCAAGACUAUAAUGUAAUCCUUUGGUACAAGACAUCAGCGAACAGACAGCUACAGUUACUGGGAUACAUGUUUGGAGACAGUUUGUCUCUCAGUGACCAAGUCCACCAGAGUCCAGCUGAUAUGUUCAAACAACCAGGAGAAGAAGCCAAAAUCAACUGUUUCCACACCUCUUCAACUUUCGAUCAAAUCCUCUGGUACAAGCAGACAAACAUACAACUUCAGUUACUGGGAUACAUGUAUGUUAGUCCAACUAUAGAGGAUGGAGCAGGUGUGAGGAUAGAAGGCAGUGCAAAGAAAGGUGAAAACUGCACAUUAACAAUUGAAGGACUCAAACUGAGCAGCAGUGCAGUUUACUUCUGUGCUGCUAGAUUACACAGUGUUUGUCUGGGUGUUGAAGUCCACCAAACUCCUCCAGCUCUCAUCGGGAGACCUGGAGACAAAGUCCAGCUCGUCUGCAGCCACAAAAAGACCGAUUUUUAUCUCAUGCAGUGGUACCAGAAAUCCCCCGGAGACCGAGCUCUGAAACGCAUCGGUCAUGUAUUACACAACAACAGAGAAUAUGAAGAGUCUUUCAGAGAAGAUUUUAACAUCACUGGUGAUAUGAGCGGAACGACAGCAAAGAACGGCUCUCUGUUCAUAUACAACCUGAAGGCCCCUGAGCACAGUGCAGUGUAUUACUGUGCAGCCAGUGAUGCACAGUGA